UCUCUCUCCAGGGAAGAACAUGGCUCAUGCCCUCCCUCCUCCACUGCCCUGCCCAGUCCAGCUUGGAAGUGUGAAAGGGGAUUCCCUGGAAGCUGAGCUGCAUGAAUACGUCAGGCAGGGGAGCUACGUGAAAGUGAAGAAGCUUCUGAAGAAAGGUGUUUUUGUCGAUGCUGUCAAUUCCAUGGGCCAGACUUGCCUCUUCACUGCUGCCCUGCUGGGUCUUGCUAAAAUAGUGGAUGUGCUGUUGCAGUAUGGCUCAGAAGCUAAUCAUCGCUGUCAUGAUGGAAGCACCCCAGUCCAUGCAGCUGCUUUCUCAGGAAAUAAGUGGAUUCUUAGCAAGUUACUGGAUGAAGGAGGUGAUCUGAGAGUACAUGAUAAAGAUGGAAGAAGUCCUGAGGACUGGGCCAUGUCAGCUGGAAAAGCAAGCAGUGCUCAGAUGCUGGAAUUUCUACAGUGUUGUACAUCCCACAUGCAGGCUGCCAUUCAAAAUUGCCCCUCUGAACUACUCAGGAGGGUUGGCUCAUCAAAAGCCCUGGUGUGCAGUCAGUCCAGGUUUGGUGGCCUUGUUCAAGUGAAUGCUGACAGCCCUCUGGGUAGAUUUCUGAAAGGUGGAGCUAAUGCAGCCAAAAACAUUUACAACUUUGGUUUUGGGAAGUUGUAUCUUGCAGGCUGUGGGCAUCUUGGGUACUUGGCUUCCCUCCCUGUUAUUGGGGAAAAAGACGUAGUUCAGGCAUAUGAUGAGCCAGCGUUUUCCUACUGUGUUGGACCCUACAUGAUGAUGACAAACUUAAUGUGGGGAGGUGGCAGAGUCACAGUGAAGGAACUCAGCUUUGAGCCCCAUCAGAAGUGCAGAAAACAACGCUUGGCUGAUCUUCUCAUUGCAGAGCAGGAGCACAGUAGCAAACUCCAUCAUCCUCAUUUGCUGCUGUUAAUGUCUGUUUGUCUGUCCAGUGACUUGAAGAAAACACGCUUAGUAUAUGAAAGGGUUAACUUUGGUUCUCUGUACAGCAUCCUUCAUGAGAGGCGUACAGAAUUCUCACUCCUGCACAUAGAGACAAUUUUGCACGUGCUGCUCCAAAUUUCAGAGGCUUUGCAUUUUCUGCACUCCCGUGGAUUUAUCCACCGUUCACUCACUUCCUAUGCCAUCCAGCUAGUUUCUUCUGGCGUGGCAAAGCUGUGCAACUUGGAAUACAUGGUGGAGAGCAAAGAUGGUGGAGAACAGAGUGAUCUGACACAUAUUCCUGUCCCAGUCCAGCUGUAUAAGUGGUGCUCUCCUGAAGUAAUCUUUGGGAGAGUCGUUACUGUCAAAUCAGAUAUUUACAGCUUCUGUGCAAUAGUGCAGGAGGCCUUGACAGAGACCCCUCCCUGGAAAGAUAUUGAAGACACCCUUAUUAAAGAGCUCAUAAUUUCAGGACAACAGUUGGAAGCAGAUAUUGGACUUCCUGUGCCCUAUUAUGACACUGUGAAGUCAGGGCUAGAACCUAAACAGAGGAACCGCUCUGUGAAACUUCAGGAUAUUCAGUAUAUACUGAAAAAUGACUUAAAGGAUUUAGCUAAGUCUCCAGCUGGUCAUGCUGAUGAAGUGUCAAAAGCAGAAAGAGCCCCUGUUUCUCCAGAUGUGAACAGCUGUUUGGCAUCAGCUUUUCGCUACAAUAAGAGAACACAGGAAUUCCAAGGAAAAGAGAUAACUGACGCUGGCAUCUCUUCUUGCCCAAGAUACUCUCCUUUGUGUCAGGAGAAGAGUCCUUUUAUGGACCAAGAGGCAUCAACCAGUCUACAGCCAGUUGCACAGGACAAAACUGGUGAUGUAGCUUCUGAUCUCCAGAUGACCCUCAGUGAUGUGGAUGACAGCCUCUGUAGCUUUGAAGUCAACGAAAUCUUUGCCAGUUAUCCAGAACUUGAAGACUUCCUGGAAGAAGCAGCUGGAUUAGGUCAAACGCAAAAGGAUGAAAAUAAAAGGCAGCAAAAGGAGGAAGAUAAUGCCACCCUGAGAGAGAUGUAUCCAUCUUCUGGAGUGCACUGUGAGGAAAAGCCAGGUGAUGAGGAAGGUGGCUUUUCAGAAUGGAGUACAGAGUACACUACAGAAGAGCAGGAGAGCGCGAGCGAGGCCUCUGACCUGUGCAUGCUGGCACAGGGGAGAGUUGGUUCUGGAAGAAGGCUGAGUGGUGUGUCCCGAAGUGAACAGUACAUUGGCAAAUGUGUCCUGGAUUUAAAGAUCAUGCAGAGCAUGGUGCAGCAGGCAGCAGAUUCCCUGCACAGAACGUUGCACCAGGAAAUCAGAAGGAAUCUGCUUUCUGAGCAAAUGUUUAAAGAAAGAUACAGAACUGAUUAUACUUCCCAAAACACCAGUAACCCUUUUCCUGGAGUUAACACUUUGUUCUGGAAGGCUGUAGGUCCACCAUCAAGUGACUAUAUUCUGCCACUGUUAAGAUGUCAGGCACAAGGAGCCUUGGGUGGAGACAGUGUCCAAGCUGUUUCAGAGAUCGCAAAAGAAAUGGAGGUCAUUAAAACUGAAAAGUGGAAGUGCAUUCCUGAGAUGAGCAAGACUAAAAGUGGAAAAAAACGUCAUGAUCUCAGCUUAGGUGUGAUGAGAAGCGUGGAUGAUAAAAUGAGCCUAGACCAUGAGCAUUUACUUCCACAUGUGUCUGUAAGAUGCAAAAAAAAGAUCAACUUGCAGUGUCAGAGAGGAGGUGAUUCACAUUCUGCAACAAGUGGAAGUGAAGAAGAGAGGUGCUAUCCAAACCCAAGACCUGAAAUUUACAGUAGAAAAAUAAGUGAGGAGAGAAGGAUGAUGCAACCAGAAUGGUGGACUGAAGUAAAGCAAAUGGCCAGAAGAGCGGCCCUAGGACAACUGGGACUUGACUCUCCAUGUCCAGCCAGUGAAUGUACAUCUGAAAGUGAAGCAGAGAGUAUAAAGGAAGCCUUUCAGCAUGUCACUCUUAGAGUCCCAAAAAGUCAAGACCAGCAAAGUUACAGGUGGCAGACAGGUGAUAACAUGGUGCCUUGGGAUCUGGGCAGUGAGGAUGGAUGUGAAUCUGAGGAGAGUGAUCUGGAGUCUACGUUCAGAAGUUCUGGAGGGAGAAGUUGCCAGUCACCAUCACAAGAUGAACAAGCAGAGUCUGGAAAAGCCAUUUAUAAGAAUUCAGACCUUCCUCAACAAGUUGAGAAUCUCUCUCAAGGGCAUUCAAGGGAAUUGCAUAGUUCCAUUAAUUCAUCUCCUGGUGUGUCUGAAGAAUUCUUGACUUCUGAUUAUUUCCUUCCUCCUACUACUCAGGGACGUUCGGAACUAGAGACCUCAGCUGCUGAGAGGAAAUCAGAAGAUGGUUGUGAAGGAUUUUUACAGAAAUGGGAACCUGAGGAUGCAGGAUCAGAUAUUCAGGCUUCAGGAGGAAAAAUAGUCUUUUGCAGUACAGUGGUACAGAACUCUGGCAGUAACAUGCAAGGAGUGAAUCAGCUUGGCCAUGUGCCUGUAGCCAGUGUUCAAGUGGCACAAAAAGUGAUACUGUGGGAGCCACAGGAGGAGAGCAAAGAAGAUGAUGUAUCAGUGACAGAUAUUCAGGAUUUGUCAAGUAUCCCCUGUGAGCAGGAGAACUACUACAGGGUUAUGGGAUGUGGAACUCCAAGGGUGAGCCAUGCACCAGCCAGUGUCAGCACUCCUCUCAGCUCAGAAUUAAAAAUUCCAGCAACCUUUGAGAAAUACAAACACUUUCAUGAAGUAUCUUCAAACUCUUCCUUUCAUGGUUCCCAAGAGACCUCCUCUGCAGAGUCCAGUACAUUCACUACAGCCUCUGAGGAGGGAAGGAGGACUGAAAUUCCCUUGGUUCCUUCAAGAACUUGCUCACCUGAAUUGGAUGACCAUGAUGGGUUGCCAGUAGUGGCUUCAUCCUUGAGAAGCACCAAGAAGGCAGCUGCACUCUCAGAGGCAUCUGACCACUUCAUUGAGGAGCUGCCUCCACCAGCCCAGGAGUUGCUGGAUGAAAUUGAAUAUUUAAAGCAGCAAGAUUCUUUUGCUCAAGAGAAGGGACUGCACGACUGUGGAAUGCAAAUGAAUGUUCCUGAUCAAAUGAAGAUGGAAGACAGAGAGUCAGAACAAGAAUCUGAGAGAAAUGAGACAAGAAAUCGUAGUUUAUGGACUAAUGAGUCAUUUACUCUAGCAGAGGUAACUGAAAGGGCUCACUCUACUCUUGAUGCUAGUUUAGAAAGAAUGCUCCGUACAAUUCCUGGAGAUGAGAAGAUCCAAGAACAACCUCAGGGACAUGCUCUUGGGGCUACAAGUCUGCAAGAUCCAGAAGAUGCUGAGAAGAAGGGAGUAGAGGAAGGCAGAGCUGAGGCCAGAGGCAGAGUGCCAGGAAGCUGUGCAGGUAGUUCAGAAGGUCCUCUUCAUCUGCAGAGCUUCUGAAUGCUGUGCUGGGCGUUACCACUUCUCUUACAUUGUUAGCCCUGAAUCUGUUGAGCUUUCACAGGCCGUUUGUUUUGGCUUUUCUUGAUUUCCCCCACUUGCAGCAAAAUAAUUUCUUGCUCGGUUGCAUUGUGCAGUUUUCAGUGUUAUAGACAAAAUUAUUGUAAUUGUCUGGACUGCUGUUACUGCUCAGGCACUUGUUAAAUUUUUCCAUGCUGGAGUGUGGAGCAGAGUUCCAGCCCAUGGAGCGGAUGUUUUUCCUUGCUCAUUAAAUGUAACAAGGUAAUUUCUUGUUUUCUCUCUUCUUAGUGCUUUUGUGAUCUAGUGUUGAACUGAUUUGACUGAUUAAGGGGAUUAAUUGCUGUGCAAAAAGCUAAUGAGAAUAAGGCAGUGUUCUCCAGAGAUUGCAAGUGCAGCAGUACAUUCCCUGCCAGCAUUAGAGAAGAAUGUGAGAAAAUCUGGUUUGUAUUACAGAGAUAUCUGUUGUUUAAUUAAACUACAGUUUUGGUGUGCCUCAUCCCUGGCAAAGUCCCUGGAUAUAGACUUGAGCUUUGGACGAAGAUUUUGAUGGACACAGCAAUGGGAAAAGAGAAAUGACAACUUGGCAGGGCAAGUCUGUCCUUAGUGCAUUGUGAGCCAGAACUGAUGAACAGGUGGGAGUCGUUCCCUCUCACUUGGGUCAAGGUUUUGUUACAUUUCAUAGAAUUGCUCAAUUAACUCAAAAGGAAUUAGAACAUUUCUGGCUACAGCAGGAUGGAGGGGUGGAGCAAGCACACGUGCACUUUUGCAUGCACAUAAUUAUGUAUCACUGUGGUCUGCAGCAUGCGACAUCUCCUUAGCUUCUUGGUUUUCUUUUUCUAUUUAUCUGUCAGACCAAAUGGUGAGCAGACUGUGAACCAUUUCCCUAUCUUUUUUUAAAUCUUAAUGUGGAGAAUUUUUAUUGCUGUUGGUAGAGAGUCUUCCAAGUGGUCCCACAGCCUGUUUGCCCUUAUCAAGGCCAGAAUGCAGCAGUGGGAGAUUGUGGGUUUUCAGCUGCUUGUACUUUUCCAGACUUAAGUUUAGCAAGAAUGUAAAUCAUCCUAAUAACAUCAGGCAUGGAGACAAAAACUGUAAUUAACAGGCACAGUUAAAUCCAGACCAGUGAAAGACAGCAGAGAGGAUCAGAGGGGGUCCAUCUAAUGCUGCUUUUCAGCUUUCUAGAGAAUGAAAGGCAAAUUAAUUAAAUUAAAACUGAGCUAUUCUAAUUCCUUUCUGAGCCACUAGCACACGAGCUGUUUGGCAUGGUGGAGAUGAAGUGGAGAGGGAGGGUAAGACAGAGGGAUGGGAGUGAGGACAGGUGUCCUGUC